AUGUGGAUUCUGGAGUCCGAUGGGGACCUACUUGGAGGAAAAAGAGUCUGGUUGAAGCCUGGGAAAAAGUAUCUCUUUGGCCGCAUCAAGCAAGCAGGCGUCCGUCAUGUCAUUCAGGACGUUUCCAUAUCAAGAAAGCAUCUAGUGGUCGAGGUGUCUCCAGUGCAGUCCGGUGAUGGCGCGCAUGUGCACAAAAAAUCUAUUCUCACCGUUGCCGACCAAGGAUCCAAAUGCGGAACGACAAUCGAUGGCCUCCAAAUUCGAGGAUCCAGUAAAGUGUUGACGGAGGACGAGCAUACGCUGCAAUUAGGGCGCUAUCCGCCGGCGCUGAGGAUAAGAUGGCAGCCUACCGUUCUCAGCUUUUCCUUUUCUUCCAAGGAACUAAAAGCGAAGGACCCCCUUGGUCCUGCCCGCAGUCGGUUGGAGGAACUGGAUAUCAAAACCAUUAUUCCAUUUGUGGAAAAGACUACGCAUGUCAUACAGAAUAAACGAAACACCGCAAAAGGUCUACAAUCUCUCAUCAACGGACGAUACAUAGUCCAAGAUUCAUACCUUGACGCCUUGGUCUAUGCUGCGACGCCUGGAGAUCUAGAGACUCUAGAAUCGCUAUCGCCUCUGGAAGUUGAUUUUGAUGCGAACUGGCCUGAUGCUAACCUGCAUCUUCCGCCGGCCGGUAAAGAACCAGUUCAACGACCAGCUGAAUCCUUUGCCCCUAAUCCGUCCCGCGUCCAUGUUUUUGAGGGCUACACAUUUGUCUUUUGCGAUGCGGGUCAAUUCGACAAUUUGUCACCGCCUAUAAACAACGGCCACGGAAAGGCCCUCUUUUAUCAGGUUGACAAUGGCCAGACCACGGCGGAUGAGCUGUUGCAGUUCAUGAGAAAUGCUGCAGGUGAAAAGGAUGCUUGUUCGACAUCUAAUAGCGAUGGAGGAGUUGUGCUUGUACGGUUCCGGGCCAAGGGCUAUGAGGACUGGUCUAUUCAACUAGGGAACGACGUUGCUUUGAUGAUGGACCGGCGUGUUAUUGAGCAGAGCGAGUUUUUAGAUGCCAUACUGAGUAAUGACGCGGCUUCACUCUGUCGUUCCUUACCUCGUGACGACUCUAUGACUUCCCGAGAAGCUCAACCCAAAACGGACCGUCGCCGGCGGACAUCUGUACGGGAGUUAUCUUCAAAUAUCGAUGUUACACCCACCCAGGUUGAGGAUAUUGUGCAAUCCGAACCGUCUCAAGCAGAAACGCAGACAGAAGCAAAACGGGCAAAGCGGUCACAAAGUCGCCCUUUUGUGAGUAGAGUAAAACAGUUUGACGAUGGAUUUGACAUGAAAGAUAUUCCAAUACACCAUUCUGAACCCGGUGAUGUUGACGACUCGACACACGAAUCAGUACAUCAAACCAAACCGCAGAGUCCCCCGGAACAACCCGUCGAAGAAGAUGAUGGCAUGUCCGGCCUUCUUCCAGGAGCCAACGCCAUGAAACGACGGCGAGCGGAGAUGGGCACUCGCUCACAUCGUGACGCCGUCCAAGUCGAAGAUGCGCCGAAACCGAAGCGGCAAAAGGUCGACGUUCUUGCAGCAGCUCGCCGCCGACGCGAACAAGAAGAAGAGGCGGCCGCGCUGAAACAAAAACAUGAGGACGACCUCAAUGCUCAAGCGAAUGUUGAUGGCGUGGCUAUUGAGGAAAUGAAGAACCUUGUCAUUGUUGAAGAAUUCCAAGUUCCUAUUCGCCCAAGAGAAGAGACCACAGCGGAAGAGACUGAUCGAUGGGACGAGCGCUGGAAUGGCCGCAAGAAUUUCAAAAAGUUCCGCAAAAGAGGGGAACCGGGAGCUGCUCGAUCCCGUAUCCAAGCAGUCAUCGUUCCUCUAGAUGAAGUCAAGCGCAAAGAUUACGGGAUCGGCGAUCAUUACUGGGCUAACAACGAACGAGAAGAAAGCCCUGAUCCUAUUUUCCGGCGCACAAGUCAGCAGCAGCAAAGCACCCGGCGAUCCAUCAGCCGUGCAGAGAGCCAGGCUUCGCUCGCAGUUUCUGAGGAAGCCCCUACAUCGCUCCCAGCCCCAUCGGCACGUUCAGAGACUCCGCGUAUCUCCGCAUCGACGACGCAGAAGAGCCAACGGACGAGCCAGAAAAGGACGAGAGACGCUCGUUCGAAAGGCGCAGGAGAAGAUGGCAGUGAUGAGGAGGAACUUCGCUUUAAAUUUCGCCGGAGGAGAUGA